GCAUACUCAGUUCAUUAAAAGAGGGCAGAGACAGGAGGAGGAGGCAAAGUUUUACCAGACUUCAGUUAUUUAAAGUAGAAGGAAUUUUUGUUCACACAAAAUAAAAAAAACAAAAAACCAUAGACAUACCGGUAAGGCUACUCAGCACAAACCUAUGCGGAUAAUCUGGAAACCACGCCUACACCCUGUCUGAACAAGUAAAUCAAGUUGUUUAGCGGAUGUUGACGUAGCUUCGUGACUUGGAGUAGUGCUGUUAUUCUCUGCAGAGAGACAGCUGGUCCACUCCAGUAAUGAAAUCACUGUGGUGGGAGCCAGAGUCCCACCUGGCUGCAAACCGUAGUGAUGGCUUCAAGAAUCACACUGACUGCUUCAACUCCACACAGAGCACCGUCCUAAAAGGACUCGAAUUUGGAGGAGUGCCAGAUGUCCUGCUGAUCAACUUCAUUGUCUUUGUGUUUCUGCUGAUCGUCUUCACGAUUAUCAGGAAGCGGUUCUGGGACUACGGACGUUUAGCUUUGGUUGCAGACGAUGACGGGUUCACUGGCUCAUCACGCCGCCGCUAUGGACGUAUGUCAUCCACUGGGUCCAACAGGGAGGAACCAGAUUAUGACACGGGAAUGUGCUCUUGGCUGUGGUAUAUCUUCACAAUAGAUGAUGAAAAGAUAAAAGCCAAGUGUGGCAUGGAUGCUAUUCACUACCUGUCAUACGAGCGACAUUUGAUUUACCUGCUGCUGAUCCUCACCGUCUUGUCCAUCGGUGUCAUACUGCCUGUCAACAUGACUGGAGGCCUUCUGAAUAUUGACAAACAAAAGUUUGGAGAGACAACUAUUGGAAAUCUGAAAAAGGGAAACAACCUGUUAUGGCUACACACAGUAUUUGCAGUUAUCUACCUGAUCCUGACAGCUUUGCUGCUGCGACGUCACGUGUCACAAAUGAAGGGCAUGCGCAGAGAGAUAGCCAGAAACACCUUGUUUGUGUGUUCCCUUCCUAAAGACGCAACAGAAGAAGAUGUAAAGACCCAUUUUGUAGAGGCAUACCCUUCCUGUCAAGUGUGUGCUGUCACCUUGGCGUAUAAUGUGACCAAGCUCAUGUACCUUGAUAAGGAAAGGAUACGUGCUGGGAAAAACCUGUGCUACUAUGAGCGCGUCCUACAGAAAAAAGGAGAACGUGUGUUCAUCAGCCCCCGUAUGUGUGGCUACUUAUGUUGCUGCGCCAGCUGUGUGAAGGUUGAUGCCAUAGAGCAUUACCGUGCUAAAGAACGGUUACUGCUGGAAGAGGUUAGACAAGAGGCAGAAAUGGUACCACAGUACCCCCUAGGGAUUGCUUUUGUCACCUUACAGACUGAGGCCAUGGCCAAAUUAAUUCUGAAAGACUUCAAUGCAGUCAAGUGUGGUACCACGAGCAGCUGUUGUGGAGCGCAGCGCCAACCGUCAUCCAAAAGCCAAAGUCUGAAAGUGAACAAGUGGCGGGUCGGGUUUGCACCAUAUACAAGGAAUGUUUACUGGGAAAAUCUCUCAGUGCAGGGUGUUUCCUGGUACGCGCGCUAUGUAUCACUAAAUGUAUUGCUUUUCAUCCUGCUGACCUUAUUCACGACCCCCACUAUCAUUAUCAACACCAUGGAUAAGUUCAACGUGACCAAGCCCAUCAACGCUCUUAAUAGCCCCAUCAUCAGUCAGUUCUUCCCCACGUUCCUGCUGUGGGCCUUCUCUGCUCUGCUUCCUACAAUAGUGUACUAUUCUACACUAGGAGAGGCACACUGGAGCAGGUCCAGCGAGCAGCUGAGCAUGAUGCGCAAGCUCUACUUUUUUCUGCUCUUCAUGGUGCUUCUCCUCCCCUCGCUAGGACUCACCAGUCUCGCUGUGUUCUUCCAAUGGCUGUUUGACAAAAAAUUUCUCUCCGAUGGGACAGUGAGAUUUGAGUGUGUGUUUUUACCUGGCCAAGGGGCUUUUUUUGUCAACUACGUAAUUGCAGCAGCCCUCGUGGGCUCUGCGAUGGAGUUGUUGCGGUUGCCAGGGUUACUGCUUUACAUCAUUCGUUUGAUGAUUGCUCGCUCUGCUGCUGAAAGGAAAUACGUCAAAGAGAAACAGGCAUAUGAGUUUGAAUAUGGAGCCAUGUACGGCUGGAUUCUUUGUUUAUUUACGGUUAUCCUGGCUUACAGCAUCAUUUGUCCUGUAAUAGUGCCUUUCGGUCUCCUCUACAUGGUCCUGAAGUACCUGGUGGACAGAUACAACCUGUGCUUUGUUUACCUGUCUGCUCGCCUAGACCGCCAAGUUCACCUGGAGGCUGUGAAUCAAGCUCUGGGCGCACCCAUCAUCUGCCUAAUGUGGCUUUACUUCUUUUCUGUCCUCAGAAUGGGUUUCUGGGCACCCACAUCUCUGUUUACUUUGGUGAUCCUGUGUAUCACCAUUAUCAUCUCUCUCAGCUAUACCUGCUUUGGCUUUUUCAAGUACCUCAGUCCAUUUAACUAUAUGGUCAACGAGGAGGACGAGGAUCCAGCAGAGGGCGUGGACGAAAACACUUCGGUUUACCUUCCCAGAGUACUCGAUACUAAAUCUCCUGCCAGCAUCCCACAAAAUGAUGAUCAGCCGCCGCAGUCUUAUGGGUCUUUUGAUGACACUGCAGCCUGCGGCUCCACACCAGUAGACAAAUACAUGGAUGAAUCCAAGAGUGAUUCGAACCCUGGAAGUCAAGAUGCUCCUUUGUCUUGAUCAUAAAUUUGCUUCUUCGAGGUUUUACAGACAGUCCUGUUGAGUCCAGAAGCCUUCAUAGACCAGCACCUACAAUGCUCCAAAGGUGUAACUUAUUUAAUUUCUUCUGUGAGAUAAGUUUAUGGUGUCAGGGAAAAUGUGUUGUUCAUCUUGAAAUUACUUUUUACGGGUGGGACUUUUAUUGGAUAUCUAGAGAAUACGUUUGACCAGUAUAGAUAGGAAACAAGAUUUUAAUAUUAUCUGUCAUAAAGCAUAACCAGUUGUCUGAGACCUCCCUGAUAAGGACCAACUCACCAAGUAAUGUCAUGUCAGUUGUUAUUUUGCUCAUUUCACAACCUUAUGGGGUCCACUGGGAUAGCUUUAUAUGGUUUAAUGUUUCAAUACACGUCAAGUGUAAAUUGCAGGAGCCUUCUCAAACACUCCUGAGCUUUUCUCUUUAAUUCUCCCCUCCCGAAAAGCCUGGUCAGCUGGCAUGAGGGAGGGAACUUUAAAUUUUUUUUUUUUCAUUUUUAGCCUGUUUAAAAGGAGCAUUUUAUACAUCGCUGUCACCUUUCUAACUGGUUUAAUUCUCAGGUGACGUCACAGCUGUAUUAACAUCUGGGCAGCAGGUUAAAAAGGCUUUGGAGUGACAGCUGGUUUUCAUUACACCAGGCUGCCUUUGAGUCAUUAUUUCAUGUUUGUUGAAAUACAGAAACCGGGAAAUAUUGUAAUGAGAACACUUUACUGCAAAUUUUGCUGUAUGAGUACACGAAGAAAAAGGGUACCAAACGUGCUAAUGUACAAACAUUUUUACCAAAAAAACAAGAAAUCCUCAGGGUCUUUGUUCACCCUUGCAGCCAGCAACAGAAUAUUUGGCGUGGUUUACUCAGAGCUGAGACAUUUUAGACUGACGGUUAUCAUUAUUGGCUCUGGCUGGAAUAUGAUGGUGGGCAACGAGCACUUAGAUUUAUUUGAGGCAGCUGCUCAUUCUUUGUUUAAAACCAUGCCAAACCAUCUACUAGAUGGGCAUUAAUUGAUGUAGAUAUGUUAAGGAACAAAAUGGGGGGUGGGAGACAUGAACAAAUGAAUAUGAGUCAAAAUAUUUGCAAAGAAACACCAGAAUUAAUUGCUCACACAUACAGGCUACAUACUGCCACACAAAUACCGAAGGGAUUGGUUGCUGAUUAUUGCCAGAGCACUUGCCAAGGGUCCCCUUAAUAUUGCACUUUUUAUAUCUUUCUUGUGUUUACUAAAAAAAAUCAGUUUUUGCUUUUUUUUAAUACAAUCAGUUCUGCAGGAGGUGGAAACCAAAACAAUGUUUUGAUUGUUGGAGCCAUUUACAAUGUUGCAGAAGGUCAGAUAAAAAUUCUGAAGCAUUACUUAAUGAAUGUUAUAAACAGGUCAAUGUUUAUCUGCGUCAAAUGUACGUUUUGCAGCUUAAAUUAUGCAUUUAACAAAGAAACAAAUUAUUAAAGAAAACUUGUUCAGUG